UCUUGUUCGUAGAGCAGAGGGAGGAAAGAUGGCGGCGGCCCAGUCCGAGAGAGACAGAGACGCACCGUCCGCGUUAUGUUCCGAGUUCCUGAGCUUCUCCGCCAAAGACACCGCGGCGCGAUGGCUGGCAGCGGCCGACCUGCAGCAGGAGAUUUACCGCCACCUGGCUGCGUACGUACCCAGAAUCCUUUGCGUGGGUCCUAGCGGGUGCAGCAGCAGGGAGGAGCAGAGGGAGGAGCAGAGGGAGGAGCUUGCGUGUCAGCUGCUCCUAUUGGCUCCUCUGGAGUGGCUGCUGCUGGGGGCGGAGCCUGCUGCUGGCCUCGCCGCGCUGCAGGAAAACAACUCGCCAUCGCCACUCUGUGGUCACGUGUUCAAGGUGGGGGAGCCCACGUACUCCUGCAGGGAGUGUGCAGCUGACCCGACCUGUGUCCUGUGCAUGCAGUGUUUCCUGGGCAGCGUUCACAAAGAGCAUCGAUACAGGAUGACCACAUCAGGAGGUGGGGGUUUCUGUGACUGUGGAGAUGCUGAAGCCUGGAAGAAGGGUCCUUACUGCCAUAAACACACUCCUACAUCCAGCAGCAGAGACUCAGAGGAGGACCCCGUAGCUCUGCUUCCUGCUGACAUGGUGUCUCGUAGCUCCAGCAUCUUCUCCGUCCUGCUGAGGUACGCUGUGGCCAUGCUGACCUGGGACCAGGAGGACCAGCUCCCUGCAGGACUGGAGCCCCCGGACAGAGGAGACUCCUACUACUGCAUGUUGUUUAAUGAUGAAGUCCACACCUAUGAGCAGGUGAUCUACACGCUGCAGAAAGCUGUUAACUGCAGCCAGAAAGAAGCCGUCAGCUUCGCCACCACCGUGGACAGAGACGGGAGGAAGUCUGUUCGAUAUGGAGAUUUCCAGUUCUGUGACCAGGCCAAGUCUGUUAUAGUGAGGAACACCAGCCGCCAGUCGAAGCCUCUCCGCGUCCACGUGAUGCACUCGUCGGUUGUUGCUCAUCAGUGUUUUGCUCUGAAGGCUCUCAGCUGGUUGGGACAGAUCAUCCAGUACUCUGACGGGCUGAGGAGGAUUCUGUGUCAGGUCGGCCUGCAGAAGGAAGAAGGAGAAUAUUCCUCGCUGGUCGACAAGCUGAUGCUCAACGACUCCAAGAUGUGGAAAGGGGCGAGGAACAUCUACCACCAGCUGCUGAUGAACAGCCUCCUCAUGGACCUCAAAUACAAGAAGAUCUUCGCCAUCCAGUUUGCAAAGAACUACAGACGCCUCCAGACAGACUUCAUGGAGGACGACCACGAGAGAGUGGUGUCAGUGACCUCGCUGUCUGUUCAACUCUUCACCGUCCCAACCAUGGCCCGGAUGCUGAUGGUGGAGGAGGACCUGAUGACCACCAUCAUCAGGACCUUUGUGGAUCACCUCCGCCACCGAGACCUGCAGGGACGCUUCCAGUUCGACCGCUACACCGCCCAGCAGGCCUUCAAGUUCGGACGGGUGCAGAGCCUCAUCGGAGACCUCAAGUAUGUUCUGAUCAGUCGUCCCUCUGAGUGGAGCGAUCAGCUCAGACUGAAGUUUCUAGAAGGUCUGGACGCUUUUUUGGAGCUGCUCAAGUGUAUGCAGGGUAUGGAUCCAGUGGUGAGACAGGUGGGGCAGCACAUAGAGAUGGAGCCGGAGUGGGAAGCAGCGUUCACCAUGCAGAUGAAACUCACUCACAUCAUCUCCAUGAUCCAGGAGUGGUGCUCCUCUGAUGAGCGCGUGCUGAUUGAGGCCUACAGGAAGUGUCUGAGUGCGCUCAGUGUCUGUCACAGCGGGCUCCCAGACGGAGAGCAGCCAAUCAGCUUGAGUCUGGCCGGUCACUGCGUGGAGACAUUCAGGUACCAGGUGUCUCAGGACAAGGUGUCCAUCCACCUGCCUGUCUGCAGACUGCUGGCAGGUCUCCAUGUUCUGCUCAGCCGGACAGACGUCGCUAACCGUUACCCUGAACAGCUUCCUCUGGGGGAACUCAGCCCCCCCCUCCUGAUCGAGCUGCCCCUCCGCUGCCUGGUGCUCUGUGCCCAGGUGCAUGCUGGGAUGUGGAGGAGGAACGGCUUCUCGCUGAUCAACCAGAUUUAUUAUUAUCACAACGUCAAGUGUCGAGUGGAGAUGUUUGACAAGGACAUCAUCAUGCUGCAGGCGGGGGCGUCCAUGAUGGAUCCUAACCACUUCCUGAUGAUCGUUCUGAGUCGGUUUGAACUCUUUCACAUCUUCAGCUCGGCCGACUGCAGGAAGAGAUACAGCGAGGCUAACAAGGAUGUGAUCCAGCAGAACAACACUCUGAUAGAGGAGAUGCUUCACCUCGUCAUCAUGGUUGUCGGUGAGCGGUACGUGUCAGGUGUGGGCCAGGUGGAAGCCUUCGAUGAGGUCAGAAGAGAAAUCAUUCAUCAGCUGUCGAUCCGACCGAUGGCUCACAGCGAGCUGGUGAAGGCUCUGCCAGAGAACGGGAACAAGGAGACCGGUCUGGAGAGAGUCAUCGACACCGUGGCUUCAUUCAAGAAGCCCGGUGUGACGGGCCGAGGCCUGUACGAGCUGCGUCCUGAGUGGAGCAAACACUUCAACCUGUACUUCCAUCACUACAGCCGAGCCGACCAGUCCAAGGUACUCACACAAAUACAUUUACAAAUACACACACUACAGCCGAGCCGACCAGUCCAAGGUACUCACACAAAUACAUGUACAAAUACACACUACAGCCGAGCCGACCAGUCCAAGGCUGAGGAGGCUCAGAGGAAGCUGCGGAGACAGAACGGAGAGGACACAGCCCUGCCACCCCCUCCCCCCCCUCCCCUCUGUCCUCUGUUUGCCAGCCUGGUGAAUCUGCUGCAGUGUGACGUGCUGCUGGCUGUAGAGGGCGCUGUGCUGCAGUGGGCCGUGGAGCCCAGUGGGGGGGGCUGGACCGAGUCCAUGCUGCAGCGGGUUCUCCACCUGGUAGGCGUGGCUCUGCUGGAGGAGCAGCAGCAGCUGGAGAACAGCAGCGGAGAAGACGACGUCACCUUUAACUACACCUGCAAGAUCACACGUCCAGGUGAAGCUCCCAGUACUUCAGGAAGUGUCCUGGCUCUGUUGGAGAGUUUGCAGAACGCUCCGCACCUCGAAGUCCACAAAGACAUGAUCACCUGGAUCCUCAAGUUGGUGGCAAACAUCAAAACGAUGAGAGAGCGAACGCCUUCGACCUCCAGCGUCACCGUCUGCCAGGGACAAAGACCCGAGGAGACGGUACGAGACAAAGACAAGGCUGAGAGGAAGAGGAAGGCGGAGAUGGCUCGUCUGCGGAGGGAGAAGAUCAUGGCUCAGAUGUCGGAGAUGCAGAAACAUUUCAUCAACGAAAACAAAGAGCUUUUCCAGCAGAGUAUGGAGGAGCUGGAGGCGUCCACGUCUGCCGCUGCAGACAGCAGUCCUCCCAGUGCAGACUCCGGUGGCGUGUCCCAGGUGUGCGUCGGGCCGAGGCGUGUGGGCAGAGCCGAGCGCCGGCAGCUGGUCACCUGCAUCCUGUGUCAGGAGGAGCAGGAGGUCAGAGGUCACGGCAGGGCCAUGGUGCUGGCAGCGUUCGUCCAGAGGUCCACCGUGCUGUCCAAAAACCGCCGCAAAAACCUCCCAGACCCAGAGCACCACGACCCUGUGUUCAUGCACCCGGACCUGUCUCUGGGCAUCUACACGGCCAGCUGUGGACACAUCAUGCACGCCACCUGCUGGCAGCGGUACUUUGAGGCGGUGCAGCUGAAGGAACAGCGCCGACAGCAGCGUCUGAGAGGUCACACCAGCUACGACGUGGAGAACGGAGAGUUCCUGUGUCCACUGUGUGAAUGUCUGAGCAACACAGUGAUCCCUCUGCUGCCCCACACACACACACCUCACCAGAGUGUGGAUCAUCCCUGUCUGGAGGCGUGGCUUAAAACGACCAUUCAGCAGGUCGCAGCGCUGCACUGGGCCCACAGGAAGCAGUCUGACGGUGAAGCAGAGGGGGCGGAGCCUGCUGUUCCUGAAGGAUUCAGAGUCGACUUCACUCCACACAACCCGUUCUCCAGCAGCGUCAGCGAGAUGAUCACCACCUUCAGCAUGUCCACCUACAAGGUCGGACUGAAGCUGAACCCCAACGAGACGGACCCCAGAGUACCGGUGCUGAGCUGGUCCACCUGUGCCUUCACCAUCCAGAGUAUAGAGCGCCUCCUGAUGGACGAGGAGAAGCCGUUGUUCGGGAGUUUACCGUGCCGACAGGACGACUGUUUGAGCUCUCUCGCCAGAUUCAGUUCAGCCUGUUGGACUGCAGCUCCACCAACAACAACACACACACACUUCAUCAGGCUGCUCGCAGCCCUGGUUCCAGACUCUCAGGUAGAAAACACUCCCUGUAUCCUGGACAUCGACAUGUUCCACCUGCUGGUUUACAGCGUGAUGUCGUACGGCUCGGUUCACAGUCUGGACCAAUCAGGACGCAGAGCUGUAGACUCCGCCCACCUCCACCUGCUUCACCUGGUCACUGUGGCUCACCUGGUUCAGAUCCUGCUCACCUCCACCACAGAGGAGGUGUGUAUGGAUCAGGAUGGAGGGGAAUCAGAGGAGGAGGAGCUAACCUGUCAGCUCUACAACACGCUGAGGAAACACCUGGGCAGUGUGUUACCUGAGGUGACGUCCAGCUGGCAGCUGUUGAGUUGUGUGAAAGCCGGCAUCCUGCCGUUCCUCCGAGCCGCUGCUCUCUUCUUCCACUACCUGAACUCUGCAGCGCCACCUGCUGACCUGCUGG